UUGGGGAAUGGGGACGAGCUGUUUAAACCCAGGAUUGCUGGGCUGGACGCCUCUCGCUCCUCACCUGAACUCCCAGAUCCAAGGGGGCAGCCUAGGCACCGCGGGGUGACCUGGUUUCUGCCUCUUCCCGUGGGCAGGCGGCUGGCUGGAGAGAUGGCACAGCCAGGGGAAGCUGCCCUGCUGGAUUUGCGGCUGUCCGGGGGACAAGGCGCCUGUUGGAUCUGCUCCUAACUCGAGCCAUGGCCACAGCCAGCGCCAGGACCGUGUAACGAGCAGCCCCGCUGACUGGAGUGAAAUCAAGGAAGCUGCAACUCCAGGCAUUUGCUCGGGCUGGGGAAGUUCUUCAUCAGGUCCUGUCCUUGCCCCGGCUGGUGAAGGAAGCUGCCCUCCAGCUCCAAGCCAAGGACUUUCCUUAGGGGGGGGGGUGGUAGGCAGGGUUUCCUCCGGGGUGGGCGCCUGAAGUGAUUUCGGCUUGUUAGGAAGGGAACCAAAACCUCCCGAGCAUGGAAUUGUACUUGUGAGCUCCCUGGCUAACUCCUUGCUGUGCUGUGCAGAAGUAGCUGUCAAUGAAAGUGAAAGAUGAAGUCUCCCGUUCUCUUGGUUCUUGUGAUCUGUACAGUAGUCAGCACAAAUUUGAAGCUGGUAUCAAAGAGAAAUUCUGUUGAUGGUUGCAUUGACUGGUCAGUGGAUCUCAAGACAUACAUGGCUUUGGCAGGUGAACCAGUCCGAGUGAAAUGUGCCCUUUUCUACAGCUAUAUCAGGACUAAUUAUAGCAUGGCCCAAAGCACAGGUCUUAGGCUUAUGUGGUACAAAAACAAAGGAGAUUUAGAAGAACCCAUUAUAUUUUCGGAAGUUAGGAUGAGCAAGGAUGAAGAUUCAAUAUGGUUUCAUUCGGCUGAGUUGCAAGACAGUGGAUUCUACACAUGUGUUUUAAGAAACUCCACCUAUUGCAUGAAGGUGUCAAUGUCCUUGACAGUGGCUGAGAAUGAAUCUGGGCUUUGCUACAACAGCCAGAUCCGAUAUUUGGAAAAAUCAGAAGUCACAAAAAGAAAGAUCAUCUCCUGCCCUGAUAUUGAGGAUUAUAAAACAUCAAAUCAAGAGCCAGAAGUAGUAUGGUACAAGGAAUGUAAGCCAAGAAUGUGGAGAAGCAUCGUAAUUCAGAAAGGAAAUACUCUUUUAAUACAAGAAGUCCAGGAAGAAGAUGGAGGAAAUUAUACUUGUGAACUAAAGUUUGAAGGCAAGCUAAUACGAAGAACAACUCAGUUAAAGGUUACAGCUUUGCUCACCGACAAACCUCCAAAACCAUUGUUCCCUGUGGAGAAUCAGCCGAGUGUCAUAGAUGUCCAGCUGGGUAACCCACUAAGCAUUGCCUGCAAAGCAUUCUUUGGAUUCAGUGGCGAAUCAGGCCCCAUGAUCUACUGGAUGAGAGGGGAAAAAUUCAUUGAAGAACUAGAAGGUCACAUUAGAGAAGGGGAAAUCAGACUCCUCAAAGAACAUCUUGGAGAGAAAGAAGUGGAAUUAACAUUAACCUUUGAUGUUGUUGGGGAGGCAGACCUGGCUAACUACACCUGCCACGUGGAAAACCGAAAUGGACGUAAGCAUGCCAGUGUCCUUCUGCGUAAAAAAGAUUUGAUCUACAAAAUAGAGCUUGCCGGAGGAUUAGGAGCUAUCCUUCUCCUGCUUAUUUUGCUUGUGACUAUCUAUAAAUGCUACAACAUAGAAUUAAUGCUAUUCUAUAGACAGAAUUUUGGAGGUGAUGAAUCUAUGGAUGACAACAAGGAAUACGAUGCCUAUCUCUCUUACACCAAAUUGGAUCCAGAUGCAUCAGACUAUGAUAAUAACGAAGAGGAGCAGUUUGCACUUGAAAUACUGCCAGAUGUUCUCGAAAAACAUUACGGAUACAAACUCUUCAUUCCAGAUAGGGACCUGAUCCCUAACGGGACAUACAUUGAAGAUCUCACAAGAUGUGUUGAGCAAAGCAGAAGACUCAUUAUCGUGUUAACUCCAGACUAUGUUCUCAGGAGAGGAUGGAGUAUUUUUGAAAUGGAAAACAGACUCCAUAAUAUGCUAGUCAGUGGAGAAAUCAAAGUUAUUUUGAUUGAGUGUACUGACUUAAAAGGGAAAGUGAAUUACCACGAAGUGGAAUCUUUAAAGCACACCAUUAAACUUCUCUCAGUGGUCAAGUGGAAAGGACCAAAAAGCAGCAAACUGAAUUCUAAGUUUUGGAAGCGCUUAGUCUAUGAAAUGCCAGCAAAGAAAAAAGAGGUUUUAUCUCGGCGCCAAGUCCUGGACUCUGCAGAACAGGGACUUUUUGGAGACCUCCAAACUGUUCCGUCUCUAGCUAUGACAGGCACCUCUACCACUUUCAUAGCAUCUCAAGCAGAUCUAACUGACUACCAUCAAACCGAUUCCAUGCAAAUGAGACAUUAUUGCAGAGGAUACGAGUAUGACAUGUCAGCUGCAACCAUGCCAAUAGCUUCCAUAAGUAAUCACCACACCUACUGUAACAUACCCUUGACACUACUAAAUGGACAGCUACCUCUUAAUAAUACCAUGAAGGAUACCCAAGAAUUUCACAGGAACAACCCAUUGCUACCUUUAUCAUCCCAGGAGCUUAGCUUCACAAGUGAUAUUUGGUAAUGAAGAUGAGAACUCUUUUGAGAUGCUUUCUGAGCACCAUGAAGACAGAUUUUUAAAGAACAUUAAAUUGAUGCCACGGGGUGCCGAAUCAUAUUUGAGGCAGAGGCACAUUUACUCACUUUUAUACCUGAACUUUUUUGUUUACAUUUCCAAAUUACUGACAAAGGGACCUUCUUUUGUAGUUCAAUAUGUAGUUCAGAUAACUUAAUGUACAGUUUUCUUGAUUCUUUGAAAGGGGAAAUAUAUCCUUUGAUUUUAACAUAUAUGUUUUACAGCCUGGUAUGGAUGGAAGUUCAAUACCGUAUAUGAUCUCUGACAACCAUCUUUAUGUAAUGGCAUUUCAACUAUUUACACAGAAUUUUUUAAAAAAGAAACUAUAAGCUUUAGUACAGAUUGCAAAUUCUAAACUUAACAUGCUAUAAAAGAAAAUAUGUCUUUGUAGAGCACACUGGAUGAGCCAUUCUCCAAAGAAAACCUUAGGAAGCACUUCCCAUAAGGUUGUCACAAGUACAUUUUAGAAGAUGCCCAGCUGAUACAACAGUGUGGAUGAAGAGCUACUAGCUUUAUCAAUAAAGUGCACAGUAACUGCAGAAUAAAUCACAUCAGCAUCCAUUCAUUUUGUUAUUGAGGCAUAUCUUAUUCCUAGCAGAUGGUUAGCGGUGUGUUUUUAUUAACAAAUUGUUAGAAUAUUGUCAGCUGUUUAGGAUGAUUUCAAACAACUUUUCUGAGGUUUAUUAGAUUUCACAAAUGUUACAGUUUUAAAUGGAAUUUUUUAAAUACCUUAAGUACAAACUUCAUUGUCUGUUAACAAAAUCAUGAUUUCUUAAAAUCUCCUCACGUGUUGUAAGAUUUGUACUAAUGGCCAUGUACUUUUACAUAUUUUUUUCCAAAAUUGAAACAGUUGCAAUUUAAAAUGUACACGUUACUGAGCAUAUUAGCAGUAGAAAAUUAAUACAGCAAUAUUCAGAGAUCAAGAGCUAAAUUAUUCAGGUUUACUACUAGUAUGACUUCAGUUGCAGUGAUAAUCAUCUGAAAUGUAGUUAUGAAAGAGAAUAUGCUGUCUCUAUAUCUACCUGUCAAUUUAUAUAUCUUUUACUAUGGCUCAAGCAUAAGUAUUUCUUUUAGCAAUGCUUCUAGCGAUACAUUAUGUAGAUUGGGUUGCUUAAGCAGCUCUUAAGGUCAGUUCAUGCAUCUCUUUCUCAUGUGAGUAGUUUAUGUGUCAAAUGAGAAUAAUGCUACUUAUCCUUCUUGGUAAGCAUUCUGAGCUCCAAGGAUGACAAUCAUUCUCCAAGUCCUAAGUAUCAUUAAUUAAUUAGUUCUUAAUUAGGAUUUGUAAGGACUAAUCGCGUGAUUAAGGGUUAUAGAAUUGGGCCAAUGGAGACAACAGCGUUUGAAGAAAAAGUUCAAGGAACCAAUUCUGCAGUUCUUAGCGAGGCAGAAUUCCCAUUGACUUUAGUGAGAGCAUGCCCAACAUGAGAGUUUUGCCUCCAUAAGGGCUGCAGGAUCAAAUCCAGAAAUAUGUGUAUAGAAGGCAAUGUUGCCCCAAUUUUAAUAGCUUUUUCAGUCUUGCUGCUUUUUGAUUGCAUAAGUUAAAGUUUGCACUCUGCACCUAGCUUCCCAUGGUUCAAUCCGUAAGCAAGGUAUAGUAAAUUCUCACAUUUUGCAAAUGUUUCUUAAAUCAUAAGUACAGUAAAAUUAAAAUGAAUACCAACUUAAGAUCUAAAGAAUUAAGUAUUUGCCCAAAAGGUCAUAAGAAUGAACUCAAAUGUGCAAUAAUCCGUAAAGUUCUGUAUUUUUCCAUUGCUUCUCUCACACUAUUUAUCAACUUUCUCUUGCACCCCUUCACACCCGUUAUGAACUGGAAUAUUUUCAUUCUGUUCUCAAUAAUACAGGUUUAUUUUGUUUUUCUAAACAUACAUGCAUUUGACACUAACAUUAAACGUGGAAACCUAGAAAUGAUAGUCAUUUAUUACAAAUGUGAAACUAUAACUUACUCUUUUGUAAAGUUAAGUUCAACAUAUGUAGGUAUUUAAUAUAAAUAUUUUUCUAUUGAGAAAGAAGGUGAUUUUGCCUCCAUUAUAAAUACAUGUAUUUAAAAAAAAUGAAAUUUACAACCUUUGCACUGUUUUAUAAGUGUUACAGAUUGUAUUUACACUGGUUAUGUUCUUUAAUGCAAAGUGUAACUUAAAAAAAACUAAAACAAAAUUCUGCAUGAAGAGAGUUGCAUAUGUUUAAGUGAAAAGCUGUACUUUAUUUUCAUUUUCACAUUAUUCUAAAAUCUUCUUAAUUCACAUAGAAUGUUCAGUGAGAUUUUUAAACCUACUAAUUCUGUAUUGAGCAUGCAAACUCUGAAAACAUAUGCAGGUCUAUCUGCCUCUUUUAUUUACAAUGAUUAAACAUGGGUAUCAAUUUCA